AAACAUCUGGUCACCCUCAUUUACACUUACGUAGGUUACGAGGUUACGCGCGUUUGACGUUUCUUUCUUUUCCAAUCAACUCCCAAGUGGCAUUAAACGUUAAUCCGUUACUCUUAUUGAAAAAAAUCGACGUACGAUGUCGGGAGGACUAGAUAUCUUGGCCUUCAAAGAAGAAGAUGCUACAAAAAUGUUAGUCGCAACAACCCAUUGGGGUUCUGAAAACGUCAACUUCCAAAUGGAACAAUACGUGUUCAAGCGUCGUCAAGAUGGUGUUCACAUCAUCAACUUGGGACGCACCUGGGAGAAAAUUCUCUUGGCUGCACGUGCCAUUGUCGCCAUCGAACAACCCGGAGAGGUCUUUGCUAUUUCUUCUCGUUCAUAUGGUCAACGUGCCGUCUUGAAAUACGCUCAUUACACCGGAGCCACGCCAAUUGCCGGUCGUUUCACUCCCGGUGCCUUCACCAAUCAAAUUCAAGGCACUUUCCGUGAACCUCGUCUCUUGAUCGUCACGGAUCCCUUGACGGAUCAUCAACCCGUGACCGAAGCUUCUUACGUCAACAUCCCCGUCAUUGCUUUCUGCAACACAGAUUCGCCCUUGAAGUACGUCGACAUUGCAAUUCCAUGCAACACCAAGUCUCCCUACUCCAUUGGCUUGAUGUGGUGGUUGUUGGCACGCGAAGUCUUGCGUCUCCGUGGAAAAAUUUCGCGCGAACAAAAAUGGGACGUCAUGCCCGACUUGUUCUUCUACCGCGAACCCGAGGAAGCUGAAAAGGACGAAGCUGCUGCCAAGGAAGCUGUUGCUCCGGUCAAGGAUGCCGCGCCGUACAUGGGCGACGAACCAAUUGCCGAAGUUACGGAGAACUGGGCCGAUGAAGCUGAAGUUCCCGCUGUCUCGACAAAUGCUCCCGUCGUCGAGGACUGGAACGAGGAGACUGCAGCUGCUGCUCCCGGUGCCAGCUGGGGCGGAAGCGGCGGAUUCUAAGCUGAAAAUCCCGUGAAAUGACCCGCGAAAAAUUCAAAUAAAACAAUUUUUGAAGAUUUAACGCAAAAAA